AUGGCGACAGUCGCAGGCCGAAAAAAGUCGAUUGCAUCCAACCCCGGUCUCGUCAUCGACACACCGGUAGCACACAACACUCUCCUCAACAAGUCCGCUUCACAGUCCACUUCUCUUUACCAACAAUGCUCUUCCCUCCGCGCAAAGCUCAUGCGCAUCCCCAACUUCUCUCAGUACUUCUCACUCGCCUCGCAGGCCGGUUCUGCGCGGCAGUCCACCGACCCGGUAACACAAACAUGGGACGUUUUCGCUCUCGGAGUUCCCCUCUGCUUUCUCUUCAACCUCCUCCCCGAACCAUACAAGAAGAUUCCCAUCGACACAAAUGUCGCCGCUAUCGAUCCCUCGAACGAGCGUGCCAAGAAACAUGCGAUUGCACGCUUCUGCAUGGCAGUCAAGGAGAUCCCCAGCUGCGAGCAGUUCACCGUCACUGAUCUUUGGGAAAGGCAUUCAACCGAUGGGCUUGUCAAGGUUGUGGGUAAUGUGACAACACUAGUCGAUUUACUUCCCGAAGACCUGUUUGAAGCGGUUCCUUCAUCGCCAUCCCUCUCAAAUGCACAGGAUUCUAUCGACGCACUCGUCUCCACUACUCCUAGCGGUACCACCCCUGUCAAUGCACAAGAGUCUGCACGGAACAACAUUAUCCGUGAGAUGGUGGAGACGGAGCGUAAAUACGUUCAGGAUCUGCAGGUCAUGCAGAAAUACUCGACUGCUUUGUCGCAAAGCAACACGAUCGACCAAGAUACAAUCCACCUACUUUUUCCGGGUUUGAACCAGCUACUCAACUUUCAAAGGAAGUUCCUUAUCCGCCUCGAGGGAAGCGCGGAGCUACCAUGGAAGGAGCAACGAUGGGGACUUCACUUCUUGGAGAAUGAAGAGGAGUUCACGGUGUAUGAACCUUACUGCGCCAACUACACGAAUGCGGCGGAGAUCAUGAUUGCAGAGGAGCAGAAUCUGUCGGCGCAUAAUUCGCUAAUCAAUGCGAAAUCGGAGUUACCUGCCUUUUUGAUCAAACCCGUCCAGCGAAUCUGCAAAUAUCCCCUGUUACUUGAUUCUCUCAUCAAGGCUGCCUCGCCCAGUGACUAUCCGUACUACGACGAGCUCGUCGAAGGUUCCGCAGCAGCGAAACGAAUUACCGACAAGAUCAACGAGGCCCAACGCCGCGCGGAGAACUCGCAGACCGUCAAGAACUUGGAAGGCCGAGUGCGCGACUGGAAAGGACACCACCUGUCCAACUUUGGCAACCUCCUCCUCGACGACAUAUUUACUGUCACAAAGUCCGAGGUGGAUCGCGAGUAUCAUGUCUUCCUCUUCGAGAAGAUCGUCCUCUGCUGCAAGGAGGCAGUCCCCUCCCCACCCAGUUCCAAGCGGGGUGGUAAGAAUAAUUCAAUCUUGAAGAAACCUGCUGCUCCCGUGCCUCCCCCACCUCCGUCCGGCAACACGAGCAAGAAGAAAGACACCCCUCUACUCUUGAAAGGACGCAUCUUCCUCAACAACGUCACCCAGGCUGUUCCCAGCUCCCCGCGCAAUUCUACCAACUCAAGUGUUGGAAGCCAGUAUUCACUCGCCGUCUGGUGGCGAGGUGAUGACGACUUGGAGUUCUUCACUCUCCGCUGUCGCACCGACGAGCAACUUCGUCAGUGGGAGUCACAGAUUAAUCGCUUGAUCAGCGAGUUGUCCAAUCGACGAGCCUCGGACCGAAACCUCUCCCACUUCGUUUCCCACUCUACCAAUGGCUCUCUCGUAAACCCAUACACAAGGCCGGCUCCUGCCCCUUAUCUGCACGACAGGGCAUCGUCCUCGAUGUCCCAGAACCAGUAUACUAACACUCUCCCUUCGCAUCCUGCAAGUUCUCGACGUCGGCCCAACCCUUACGGUGAGGAAGUACCUAUGGCUGCCACCUACUCCGGUUCUCCGUCGCAAUCGCAGUAUGGCCUUUCGUUAGAAGGUUUUGAGUUCGAUCUGGACGACGAGUUCGAGGACUAUCCUCCCACUACCAGUAGCAUGCCCACAUCUGGCCGCGCCACUCCGUCAAGCGCGCGGCGUAGUCAACCACAUGCUUUGGUAAUGACAGAGCGCGAUUCCUUUGCGGCCUACGAACGUAUUCGUGCUCGGACAGAAGACACCAACGGACAUGUCAUGACUCAGUGGCGGAUGAAUGAUGGUCUCAUGUCACCACCCCCUCCUCCUCCACCGGCAUUGUCCAGCCUACCAUCUGGUCAUCGGCCCUCGCUUUCACGAUUGAGCUCAGCGGCCAACGGUAAUGUUGGUCUCCCCGCAGAUAACAGAUUGCGAGUACCUCUACACUCUCAGUCUAGCUCUACCCGUCUGCGGUCCGCAUAUGAGGGGGAAAACAGCCGAAGUACUACUCCAGCCCCUUCCAGUGCGACUCCAACAUCCGCCGGUGCUCGUAUGCGAAGCGCCAGCCAACCAAACGGCUCCGUUCCGAAGACGACGCCUCCUCCUCUUCCAGACACUUCUGCUUGGGCUGACCGGUAUCAACCUUCGAACCAGGAGAGGAAGAGAGGGAGUGGAUCGUCGGGGACUUCGGGCUCUGUUUCGGAGGACUCGCAGCACAGCUCGUCUCCCAUCACUCCUUUCGGUUCGAGUGAGUCUUCUCUCGGAGGCUCAGUGUUAAGGCCUUCGAAGUCGCAGAACUUCGACGCCAUGAACGGCACUCAUUCUGGCUCAACAGUGAAGGUCAAGGUUCACUUCAACGAGGACAUCUUCGUCGUACAGGUGCCGCGAUCCAUGGAGUACCAUGAUCUCCUUGAUCGCAUUGCAAAGAAGAUCCGUCUAUGUGGGCCAGUUCGCGACGACUCUCCUCUCCGAGUGAAAUACCGCGACGAGGACGGCGACCUCGUAUCCCUUGGUUCUACGGAAGACGUUCAAAUCGCGUUCGAGUCGAACCCAGGAAGUCAAGUUGUCCUAUAUGUGAUGUGA